AUGGCAUCUCGAGACGAACCAGCCAGGAACGGUCCCCGGGCAGGAAAUUUCAGGCUCAGAUUUCGCGGAGGACCGGUCAGCCAGGAGGGGGCGGAGGUGGAGGAGGGCGCCUCCCUCCCUGGGCUCAUCUCGUUGCACCAUGGCAGCCACCUGCAUGGCGUGGCGGAGCUGCAGGGCAUCAUUUGGUCUUUCUGCUCGUGGCUGCGGCCAGACACCCAGAGUAAGCAGGAGAUGAUUUCCCAACUGUCAGUGGAGCAGUUCCUGCUCAACAGGCCCAGGAGCGAGAGGGCCGCAUGGCAGGAGAAGUGGGAGUCGAGCGGCAGGGACAUGGCGGCGUUCAUGGAGCACCUGCGGGGAGAGGUCCUGAGGCCCCCGAGCAUGAUACACGUCAGCCUGGAGGGGCGGGAAGCCCUGUUCUCAGAGAACAUGCCCUUAGGAGAGGUCCUGGCCAUCCUCCAGGAGCAGCGUUCAGCAGCAGCCCCCACGGCCCUCACCCCGGGGACACCCUCGCCGACGUCCCCAGAGACACCCCGACCAGCAGCACCAGAUGAAGAUGCAGAGGACGAUGGAGACCGUCUUUCCAGUCCAGAGGACCACCCCCCCUUUACGCUCCUCCUGGAGGAAGAGAGCCCUCGGGUCCCCGCAGAGCGCGCGGUGUCCGGGGAGAGUCCACGCCGCUCCGGUUCAGCAAGUCCGGGCGCCCCCACCGCCCAGGAAGAGCCCCCCCGAGAGGAGGCGCCCCGGGAGGCGGGGGGCGCCCGGAAGCUCUACCGGUGCGCCCGGUGCCCCCGGGUCUUCGAGUUCCUCUGUCGGUUCCAGCUGCACCAGAGGCGGCACGACAACGAGCGGCCCUUCGCCUGCGCCACGUGCGCCAAGCGCUUCUUCCAGGCCUCGGACCUGCGCGUGCACGAGCGCAUCCACGCGGCGGAGAGGCCCUUCCGCUGCGGCCGCUGCCACCGCGCCUUCAGCCACCCGACCAACCUGCGGGCGCACGAGCGCAUCCACACGGGCGCCAAGCCCUACGCGUGCGCCCAGUGCGCGAGGACCUACCGCCAGGCCUCCACCUACCACCGCCACCUGCGGAUGCACCAGAGGAAGGCGUCGGAAUCUGGGGCCUCCGCACCCCGGGACUCCGCACCCCGGGGCUCCGCACCCCGGGACGCCACACCCCGGGACGCCAUGCCCAGGGACUCCACAUCCAGGCACUCCAUGCGCGCAGCUGUCUCCCUGUAA